UUCCAGUCUCCAAACCCUUCCUCAUCAUUACUUCCAACAUGGCUUCAACUGUCAACCAGCCUACAAUCUCUAACGAAGAAGAAGAGUGCAUGUUCGCCAUGCAUCUGGCUCACGCAUCGGUCCUGCCCAUGACCUUGAAAGCGGUCAUUGAGCUAGACGUGCUGGAGAUCAUAGCCAAAGCUGGCCCAGGGGCCCACCUUUCACCAUCUGAGAUAGCUUCUCAACUCCCCACACAGAACCCAGAGGCCCCCACCAUGCUUGAUCGGAUCCUUAGGCUCUUGGCUAGCUACUCAGUCCUCACAUGCUCCCUCCUAACCCAUGAUGAUGGGAGUGUUGAGAGGCUGUAUGGACUGGCACCUGUGUGCAAGUUCCUUGUAAAGAACCAAGAUGGAGUGUCCAUAGCGCCUUUGGUGCUCAUGAACCAAGAUAAGGUGCUCAUGGAAAGCUGGUAUCACUUAAAAGAUGCAGUUCUAGAUGGCGGUAUCCCCUUCAACAAAGCCUAUGGAAUGACUGCAUUUGAGUACCAUGGCACGGAUCCCAGGUUCAACAAGGUUUUUAACAGCGGCAUGUCUGACCACUCUACCAUAACCAUGAAGAAGAUUCUAGAAACAUACAAGGGAUUUGAAGAGCUGAAGGAGGUGGUUGAUGUGGGUGGUGGGACAGGGGCCAUCAUCAACAUGAUCGUCUCUAAAUACUCACAUAUCAAGGGUAUCAAUUUCGAUUUGCCACAUGUCAUUGCCGAUGCACCCGACUAUCUUGGUGUGAAUCACGUUGGAGGGGAUAUGUUUGUAGACGUCCCAAGCGGAGAUGCUAUUUUCAUGAAGUGGAUACUCCAUGAUUGGAGUGACGAGUACUGUGCGACGAUUCUGAAGAACUGCUACAAAGCGUUGCCAGACUACGGGAAGGUUAUUAUCGCCGAGUCAAUUCUUCCAGUGGUCCCAGAACCUGACCCCGUGGCCCGUAUGGUCUUCGGUGUAGACAAUAUCAUGUUGGCCCACAAUCCAGGAGGAAAGGAGAGGACGGAGAAGGAGUUCGAGGCCUUGGCAAAGGGAGCUGGGUUCGCUAGUUUUAAAGUCUUGUGUUGCGCUUAUGGCUCUUGGGUCAUGGAGUUCUUGAAGGUGUGAUUUCCAGAUCGGGUACCAUUUGGUUAUGGUCUGUGUUGUGCUUUGAGAGUGGUUGUUUUAUAAUUUUACUGGAAUAAGAGACUGUUUUGUUGAUUUAAGUUGUAUGCAGUUCAA